AUGUCGUAUAUGCUACCGCAUCUCAGCAAUGGCUGGCAAGUGGACCAGGCAAUUUUGGCCGAGGAGGAUCGUGUGGUGCUGAUUCGCUUCGGCCAUGACUGGGAUCCAAGCUGCAUGCGCAUGGAUGAGACAUUGUACAAAAUAGCGAAUAAAGUGAAAAAUUUUGCUGUGAUUUAUUUGGUAGACACAACGGAAGUGCCCGAUUUCAACAAAAUGUACGAACUGUACGACCCAUGUACCGUGAUGUUCUUCUUCCGCAACAAACAUAUUAUGGUCGAUUUGGAACAAACCCAUUUUACCACAGAAGCGAAUCAGCGAUUUCUGGAAUAUUGGCUUAUUGGCCUUCUUGCUAAUCGAGUUAGAGUUGGUGGCUUGCAACCGUCGUUACGAGUUAAACUUCGAUAA